AUGGAGUCACAAACCGCUGCACCAGCUGCGAAAGUCAGCACCAUAACAAGUCAUCUUUGCUUCAAUCCGUCUUCUUUCUUGACUGUGCGGGUCGGUCCUGAAGGUUCUCAAGAAGACUUCCUACUCCACGAAGGCAUCUUGGGCGGACGCUCCGAGUUCUUCAAGCGUACUAUGAACGGCAACUGGGCAGAGAGCAAAAAACGCAUUAUCAAGUUGCCGGAGGAUGACCCAGAGAUCUUCAACAUUUAUGUCAACUUUCUCUACACAGGUCGAGUUGUGACCAACACUCUCGAGAAGCCGAUACAUAGUCAGGAUAUCGGAAAGGAGAUGCGUGUGCUCAGCCAGCUUUACGUUCUCGAUGAGAAGCUCCAGGACAAGACUGCAAAUAACUCCGCCAUCCAAGGUCUGCUAGAGGUCGCUGAAGAAAAAGAUGCGGACGGGGUCCAGUUCAAUCCAUCCGUCAAAACCAUUAUCGUUGUAUACCAGGGCACAUGUGCGGACAGUCCUGGCCGUCGCCUUAUGAUAAAUAUGUGGAUUAAGAUAUCGGCUGAAUUUUUAACAAAGAACGCGUAUGCUUUACCCAAGGAGUUUCUCGCUGGCCUCACCAUCGCACUUCUGGGCGACCGUCCAGACAACAUGCCGAAGCCGGCUACGAUGGCAAACAUUAGCGACUACAUCGAGGAGAUGGAUUGA